AUGCUAGCGUCCAAUAAAAGACAUGGCAUGGUUCUUUCGGGCUCUGCAAGCCCUACCGGGUCACCUGGCCCAACCGUGCCUUCCUUUGGUUCUCAUAAGAGAAUUAGCAGGCUUCCGACCAAAUCGGGCUCUCUCUCCUUGAAUGAGCUUCUGCAAGAAAACCGCUCCUUUGAUAUAUACCAAGAUAACCGCGGAGACACAUUGAGUCGGCUCAGAGGUGCUCCUAUUGCGGACAGAAAACGGGCUCUUGCCGAGACAACAAUAAACAAGUUGUCAGAACGAGAAGAAAAGAAAAACAACCGGCUGUCCACGCUAUCGCUUGCCACCACCUCUUCGGUGUCAACACGUUCCACUGGUUCGAGUCUGAAAUCAAUAGCUCACAGAAUAGCCGGUGUUGUGAAAGGAGACGGUAAAGAAGCUGUCGAGAACGCGGAAAACAUUGUUGUUGAUACCCACACAAUUCCUGAAGAUGAUCCCGAGUCUCCGCAGCUCAAGAAAAAGUCGUCCUUUUUCAGACUCAGGCACUCUAUUUCGCUAAGAUCGCUCACGUCCCGCGAUGAACCUACGCUUUCGUCUUCUUCCUCUCGCAGACUUACUCUCAACAACUUGAGAAAAUCGUUCGUUGGUGGUACGGCCAAUAAUUCCAGAAUGUCGGUUGACAUCUCUUUACCAGUGCCUAAUCAAACUUCGAGGGACAAAAUUAAAAACAAACUUAGAAACUCUUCGUCAUUGCUCUCCAUUUCUUCGUUCAUGUCCACAGGAAGCAAUCGCACUCGCUAUGAAAACAAAGAGGUUUUUGCUGUUCGUGCUGAAGAAUACGAUUCUCUUCAGCACAAAUUACUUUUGAAGCUUUGCAACCAACAACGUGUUGUGUCGUUCAGCGCGUUGAUGAACAAGAUGCUAUCCAAAGCCAAGGUUUUGGAAAAACUCACCGACUCUUCCUAUAGUGAGGUCUUCUUGGAAAAAGACUCUCAUACUGGGGAUCCCCAAAGUGUUUGGAAAGUUAUCUCGUUUGGCGACGAGGAUCUGAAUCAGCCAACACUGAAAGAGCUGAUUCAGGAGCAAAGCAUCACCAUGGCUAUGUCGUCUGUGCCGGGUUUCAUCAAGAUGAAAUCUGCAACUGUUGUGAGAGGCCCAAUGCCAUCCGAAUUAUUGCAACUGUGGGACAAGUACAAUCAUAAGCAUGGUUCCAACAACGCAAGGCCAGAUGACUACUCCAAAAAUCAGCUUCACCUCAUUAUCCGCCUGGAGUAUGGAGGACAAGACUUAGAACAUUUUGAGCUCAAGAGUUGGACUCAAGCAUUAGAAAUCUUUGUCAAGAUCGUCGAGAUUUUGAAAAGAGGACAGGACGCUUAUGAAUUCGAGCACCGUGAUUUGCAUUGGGGAAAUAUUGUCAUCAAAGAACGGUCUGCAAGCAGUGCCACCGCUACCACUCAGGACUCCUUAGCUGACCUAACUCUCGAUGAGCAGAGCUCUGUCGAAGUGAAGCUUAUCGAUUACACAUUGUCUAGAGCCAGGAUUGGUGGGCAAACGAUGUUCACAGGCCUUGAUUCUCCGCACUUUUUCAAAGGCAAGGGCGACUAUCAAUUCGAUGUUUACCGAAUGAUGCGUCAGCAGCUCGCCGGACAAGAUGAGGCAAAUAUCGACUGGUCUGUCUAUAGUCCAUCUACCAACCUACUGUGGCUCCACUAUGUGGUGGACAAAUUACUUCACCACAAAAAGUUGAAGCCAUUGAGACUGAACCCACUUACCAGAUCCGCAAGCUACCUAAACAUGAACAAUUUAACGCAGGAAGCCGACAACUACGAACAACUUGUUCAGCUUCACAAACUGUUGGAUCCUACUCGCAAGAAACGCAAAUUUGGGUCGCUUGAUGGAAUUUUGGAAUGGGUUAGAUAA